AUUAUCCGGUUUGCAUUAGCGCGUGGAAAGUGAAAGUAGCCCAGUGAACUUCUGCUGUUGCUAAGCAACCAAACUUUACACAAGCUGACGACUGCGAGUAUGUGCUGUGAUAUUUGUUUUUAACAGAUGAGUGAUCUGGAUGGAGCUCACUGUUUUAGGGCGCUGUGUUCGCACCCGUGCUGCUGGGACACUGAGCACAGAGGAAUCACACGCCUCACUCCAGCACGCGUGAAGAGAUGCUCUCUCAAAGAACAGCUCUUUCCAUCUCUGAGUAUUGUCAAUGUCUCUGAAUGGGCUGGACGGAGGAGACCGAUUAAAGAAAGCGCUGACACAGAUGCUUCUUUGGAUGAUCUCACCAGACAGACAAAAGACCCUGGAAAGAUGAAGAGGGCAGAUCUUUCCUUCCCAGAAUCCACGCUGCCUAUUUCCAGCACGCCCACUGAUACUCAAAACAAAACAAAGUUACACACAGUUCACAUCAGUCCUUUCAUGGGCUGCUCUGAGUUGCCGCAGUGUCCAGUGGUCACAUGGAUUCCCAACCCGCGCCACAAGCCUCAGUGGCUCCACCAAAACAAGUCUAAAUCUCCAAACAUCACUAUAAAAGAGUUAAUCUGCCUUCCAUCUUGCCAAAUGUCCAAGUCAUCCAAAGCGGCUAACCUGCGGAAGAGGUAUGUUGGUAAAAGGAGGGAUCAGAGAGGUAACUCUACACUAGAGGGCGCUGGCACUCCACGGUGGGUGGGCAUUGGCUUUAACCCCAUCCCCAAACCCACCCCACACCACCUCUCCCGCAGCAUUCCCUUCAAAGUUUUGUAAUUUCAGUGGAAUAUUAGAGCACUACCAACUUCUCAAAAUGAAUGCAUGUGGCCAUAUCAGGAAAACAGCCAAUAAGGGCUCCAGAGCACAACAGCACUUUGUGUUAUUUAUAUAUAAACGGACACAGUAUAGUACAAAAUGACUAAUAUUUAGGGUGUGUUGAGUGUUCACACUUGUAGACUGGUUCUCUUGGUACUAAAAAAGAAAAUGAUACAUUUAGUCCUGGUUCACUUAAUGUUCACACUGUCAUUU